GCCGCCCCGCGGCUGCGCACACUCCCGAUCCGGGGCUCAACCGGCGGCUGCUGCGUCGCUCCGGGAGCCUCCGGUCCUGCCUUGCCCGGCUCGGCCGCGGAGCCCGCGCCGCAGACAUGGGAAAAUCACUUUCUCACCUGCCUAUGCAUACAUGCAAGGAAGAUGGCUAUGAUGGAAGCUCAGUGUCUGAUAACGUGAGGAAUGGUUUAGUUCACUCGGAAGUGCACAAUGAGGACAGCAGAUGUGGAGAUGUGUCACAGUUUCCCUAUGUGGAAUUUACAGGAAGAGAUAGUGUCACCUGCCCAACUUGCCAGGGAACAGGAAGAAUUCCACGAGGGCAGGAAAAUCAGCUGGUAGCAUUAAUUCCAUACAGUGACCAGAGACUGAGGCCAAGAAGAACAAAGCUCUACGUGACUGCUUCUGUAACUGUAUGUUUACUGCUUUCUGGGUUGGCUGUAUUUUUCUUGUUUCCUCGCUCAAUUGACGUUGAAUACAUUGGUGUGAAGUCGGUGUAUGUCACUUACGAACAGGGUAGACGUAUAAUAUAUCUGAAUAUUACGAACACGCUAAAUAUAACGAAUAACAACUAUUACUCUGUUGAAGUGGCAAAUAUCACAGCCCAAGUUCAAUUUUCAAAAACAGUUAUUGGCAAAGCACGUUUAAACAACAUCACCAACAUUGGUCCUCUGGAUAUGAAACAGAUCGAUUACAUGGUGCCCACGGUCAUACAAGAUGAAAUGAGCUACAUGUUUGACUUCUGUACUUUACCAUCUAUCAAAGUACAUAACAUAGUAGUGAUGAUGCAAGUGACAGUGACAACCUCGUACUUUGGCCACUCUGAACAAAUAUCCCAGGAGAGAUACCAGUAUGUGGACUGUGGAGGAAACACGACCUAUCAGCUGGGCCAGUCAGAAUAUUUAAAUGUACUUCAGCCUCCACAGUAAAAGCACCUACUGGUUGGUUUGGAAUGACUGCUGUUGGUGCCUGCAGAGAUCCUUUGGAUAGGACUGGUACUACAUGAAGGGGAGAGAACAAGCGAUGUACAGCAUAGCAAACGUGGUGACCUGUUCACUUUAGAUACAAGGAGGGAAGAGAUGCAAAAUGUAUAUAGGUGCACUUGUUAAGUGUUGUGUUUUUCCCUUCUGUUUGCUUUCUGUUACUGUAAGCACCUCUGUCGAGUUGUGUGGUGGGAGGGAGAGGGGGAAUAUUGGAUUCUUCAACAGAACUGGGACCUUUCCUUACAGUGUGGUACAUCAGCUUAGAGUAACUGUGUAUAUGUCUGUGUUUAGGUGAAAUGUGUCACUAAUGAGCAUUUUUAAAAAACAAAUAUACUCAUAAAUUUUAAGUCUAUACUUCAUUUCUUGAUAUUUGACUAUUGAAAAAGGCAGUAUUACUUCUUAAAUAACAAAAUUACUUUGAGGUAUCUGGGUGUGAAACUUCUAUUAAUAACCCAGUGACAAUAGUCCUUUAUUUUGGGAUUCUGUGUUUUGUUUUCUAUACAUGAUUAGAGAUGACAUGCAGUCUGUGAAAGCCAGGAAAGCUCUCUUGGAUGACACUACACUUGAAUGUGCAACUUCUAGAAUCUGGCAUCUUUUCAUUCAUAUUCUCUCCUGCUACCUCUAGGAUGUUUUAAGGAGAAUGUACAUUGUUAAAUUUAAAGUUGGGUUUAAAACUAAAAAAAAAAAACAACCCCCAGAACAAUUACUGACAAAGGAAAAAUUCAAGACUGUAGAAAAUUAAUAAAUAAAGGCUUUGCCGGUCUGUUUUGUAGUAAACUUUUGAGAAUAGCUAUGAAAAUCAAUAUUGUGCAGUUGGAACUAGAUGUGAAACUUUGAGCACGGGUUUGGAGAGGUUCAUGUCAAUUUUCAUGAUUUUUAUUUUAAUAUCCUAUGUAUUUAAGCUACUUCUAAGUGUUAAUGUGUUUUGUUGUACCUAUUUCUUGCACAGGCUGAGUAAGCAAAUACAGCAGUUGCUGUAUCUCCAGAGCACGCACAGUUCACGUCAAAGUUAAGGAAGGGAAAACGCAGCAAUGCUUUCUAUAAGGGUGAAUGCUGAUGUAAUUGCCAGACUGACUCACAGUGGUCAAUAGUUUCUGUAGCAUAGUUUGCACGGUGAGAAUUUCCAGGAUUCUUAUCAAUUAUGGUGAUUAUAAAUUUUGGGCCCAAAGUUGCUUGACUCCUUAGGACUGACUGUUCUAAGGGUUAGGUGCAAAAUGUUUUAAUUAACUAGAUCAGGAUUGGUUUAUUUCUGAAUUAGAUAAGUUGCAGCUGUAAGAAGGUACUGUUGAGACUGUUGCAUUUUAUUGAAUGAUUAUUUUUUUUUUUAAAUAGAUGUUGUGGUUUUUAUGCUGCCCAUCUGCUGGAAAUAAGCUACACAAAAUGAAUUAGCAAUAAACACUAUGGAAAAAGGCUGCUGGGUAACUUCUUGCCCCUAACAAUCUCUGACGCUCCAGUACUUCAGUCAAGAUAGGUGUCUACAUUACUCUUUUCUUUACUGGCCUCUCUUAGAUGGGCCUCGGGGGGUGGGUGGGGAAAAGAAUAUCAACGAUGUAAAACUUACUUAGAAGGCAUUACUUAACCACACACACACAAAAAAAAAAAAAAAAAAAAACACCAAACCAACCCUUCUUUGUUUGAAAUACACUUACUCUGGCAGUCUCUGAAAACUUUUGGAACCUGAACUGUCAGUUUCGUAUAGUUUUUGGUAAGAUGAUGAUGUCAGGUUUUGGCUUUAGAGAAUUUCUGGAAUUAGAGUAGUCAAUUUGGAUGACUUGCUGUAGUUAUAUUCUGAAAAUUGUUCUUGAAUUUUGGCCUUUAAAAGUAAACAUUCUUUAUUACAGCUUACAAUGAUGAGGGAAACUAAUGCACAGUUGACUAGUCUUGCUAGAGUAGAGAUGAGGUUCAGCCCUGGGGCUGCUAAAAUGCGUGCAUAAGCUUGUCUGAAAGGUGAUAACUAAAAACCAGGAUAGUGGGUAACUGGCUAAAAGCAGAGAGGUUAACUUUUCAAUCUUACCUGUUGAAGGAAGAUUUGCUUAUGUUGGAGAGCAGGGAGAGAAUUCUGAUUUAAAUCUUGUCAGAUCUGAAAUCAGCCAGUAAGUGACCACAGGCUUUUUCUUUUAGGCCUAGGUAUUUAGAUCUAGAGUGUUGGGGUUUUUUUGUUUAGGAGUUGUUAUUUGUUUGGGGUUUUUUGAAAGAGAAAAGAAGAAAGCAGCUCUAGGCAGAUAUUUACAUUGAUUUAAAGUAUUUUUUUUCUUUCAAGGGUUAAAGGCAUUCUAAAAUAACUGGAAUGGCACAAUGACAAAAUAAUUUUGUGACAGUAGGGAACGCUGCUUUUGAACAAGCAUGGCAAGAGGAGGUUACACUUUAUGCAGUGCUGAGACUCAGACUGACUUUUGAAAUUUUGGCAGACAUGUUGAGCAAAAUACAUACUUAAAUCUAUAGAUCUUAACCUUACAUGAAGUGCUUGGUAUUGGUUAAUUCAAAUUAAAGAAUUGAGUGGAAUUAUUCUUUCUGUGUAUGUCUCAGAAGGGGGAAGGUACAACUCAGUUUUUGUCCUCUGGAAUAUCUAAUGGAUAUAAACUUUAGCACCAUCAAUUUGUGGUAGACUUACUGCAUAAUGAAGAGUUCUCACCGUAAAAAAUAAAGUGUGGGUUAAAGGCCCUGUUUAAUUCUCAAAUUAAGUCAUUAUGGGAGAAGUAAUUGUAACAGUAACAGGCUUAAGGUUCUGCAGGUGUUAGUAUCUCCUUGCAGAACUGUCAGCAUAUGACUAACCAAACAAGGCAAGUAUUUUAAUUUAUCUACUAAUUUUAAUAUAACAUCUCAUCAGAUAAGUAGGUAAUCAUCUGUGUGAAUAUUUAACUUAAACUAGAUUUAUAUGGCUGAGCUUGGAAACAUGCUAAAGGAACAAGGGAACUCUAUUAACUUGUAUAACCUUUUAAACAAGGUAUUGGAAUAGAUCCAAGUGACAGACCUGUCAUUUUUCACAUUUAUUUUAUCUUGAUUUUAAAAUAAAAAAAGGCAAGCCUUUCAGUGCACUGUAAAUCAAUAAGUACAAAUUCUCUCCAGAAAGUGAGCUUGAAAUUGUAUUUUUCCUGGCUUGUCUUCAUGUGUGUAAGAUAGGUAGUUUCUGAAGGAUUUCUUCUGAAGUGAUUCAUAUUUCACUUGUAACUUCCCCAUAGCCUUCUAAUACUAUAAAAUACCUUUAUACUGGCAUCAUAGUGUGUUUAUUUCUAGUAGAGUUCUUUUCACUUGAAUUCUUUGUAGCAAUUCCUGUACCAAAACCUGUUGCACUUUAAAAUGGAAGCUCUGUUAGUUAUGCCUUAUAACAGUGGUCCAGAUGUUGCACUGUAAUGGCACUAUUGAAAAUCAACUUAAUAUAUUCUGUAUAGAAUAACUGUAAAAUUUCAAAAUCAUAAGUAUGGAACACCUAAAUACAUAAAAAUGUUGGCUAUUUGACAUCAGAGAGCAAAAUUACUGUACAUUUUAACUAUGUUGCUUUAAAAAUAAAUAAAUGAAUUUAUGAAGCUACCAAACCAUCAAAGAUCCAAAAGUCAAAUAUCUAUUUGGAGAGAUUUAAAGAGAAGUGCUCUUACUAAGAGAUGUAGUACCUGACACUCACUUUUGAAUUCCUGGUGUGGGGAAAGGCUGUAGAAGCUUAUUCAUCAUUUCUUUGAUCAUCUUGAUGUUUAGGGGAUAGUUGCUUAGUUCUUAAUCUUUCAUGAAGGCAAGCAUAAGUAUCUUUUUCCUGUGUGGUAUAGCUUUGAAAUUCUUAAUGCACUUCUGAUGUGUGCAUGACCUUGAUUUUAACAUUGUAGUGUUUAUAUUUUGCAGUCUGAUGUUGGCAGACUUAAGUACGUACCUUAGUUAACUUUGCUUCAAAUUGUCCUUGAAGUUCUGCAAGUGAAUAUGUUUUUUCAUUGUAGUGCAUUGCAGACAUGCCUGGGCUUUUUAAUGUGUGGUGUAUAAAGGGAACCAUUUAAGCACCAACUCUCUUAAAUGCUUGGAUUGAACCAUUAGGGUCUUUAACCUUCUGACGGAAGUGUUGUGCCUUCAUGAUGGAAAGCAUGGUGCUUGGAGUAGUAUGAGAGAAGCUUCUAAAUUCAGAAAAAGUUAAAAGAGAAAUAGUGUUACUUCUUAUUCAGCACUUAAGGCUUCUUUUUUUUUUUUUUCAGGGGUACUAGUUGUGGUUUUGGUUUUUUUCCCAUCUCCUCCCCAACCCCCAAAUUUGUGGUGGAACAUCUGUAUGUUCCUAGACAGCACCUUCUGAAAUAGGUGACCUGUUUCAGAGUUGGGCAGCUGCAUGAAGUGGAACAUCAGUUGAACUGGACUUUAAGUGUUAAGAGAUUAUUAAGACAAGUGGUGGUACCUGUAAGAACUAUUUUUUUUGUUACUUGCCUGUCUAACAAAAAGCCCACAACCCUAGCAAGGCUUCCAGGCUUACUAUUAAUUCUGAAAGGGAAAGGAUAAAUAAUGCGAGUUCAACCACCAUACUUCAGUAAUGGACUACUUGCGACCAGCAAAAAUACUUGUUUGUGAUGGCCCUGAUCAUGCACUGGGAGGGAGGAAUAAAACCUAACCAAAACAUGAUGGAAACAAUAAUUUGGCUAUGGGAAAAAUCCAGUGUUUGUUCCAUUUGAGAAGUCACCUUCCUAUUUUAUCUGUAACUGGGGAGUUCUGGUCAUUACCAGAGGGGCAGUUCUACUGCCCUAUAGCUUUUGCCAUGAAAACCUGCUUCUCUGCCGGUAGGGAGGGCCUGUUGUCCAGGAAUCUGCAUGGAAUAUGAAAGCUUGGUCAGACUGUCCUGAUCCUCAGACCGUCCUCUUCCACCAGCCAUCACAAGGGCCCUACAGCCUGGAUGCUGUUUGUCUCCUGGGAACUGAAACUGCUUUUGCUUUGCAUGGGCAGGGUUGUUUAGUACCAGACAUGUAAGUGUAUUAUGGUGCCUGAACAUUUUGGAUCUGUCAGUGAUUUAGUUCUUUUGUUUUGUUUAAGGAAGCAAAUUUAACUACUGUUAACAUCCACUGUACAGAGUGUGCAUAUAAUAGCUUAAGAUAUGUAUAGAGAUACUAAUGAGUGAUAACUAUUUUUGUAACUUAAGCUGUUCUUGUAACUGUGUAGCAAACAAUCUAUCCACUUAAGCAUGAUAAGCACUCUAGAAGUAAAAGGGUAUUUUGGAAUGACUUGUAGGACACAAGCUGUCUUAAUGUAAGUUAACUGGGACAAGGAAUCUUGUUAUUUAGAGGUUCAGAUUCUGGAGUUAACUUCAUUAUGAAUAUUUGUUUCUAGACAGGAUUGUUUGACUCAAAGAAUGAUUAAAUUUUCUAUUUAAAAAGCUUGGAUCAUGUAUCUCUCCUUUUUUUUUUAACUGACUUAAUUUUUUUUUUCUCCCCUUCCCUAUCUCCCACAAGUUUUCCCCCCAUCUGACCGUAUUUUCUCACUGGUUUUCAUGUAUUUUCAAUAGUAUAACUUCAAUUUUUGUAACUAUUGGCAUUCCAUGAUGUGAAAACUUUGCAAUCUACUUUUUUUUUGAUACUAUGUUUUAUUGUGUUAAGUCUGUAAUAAACUGAAGUAUCUGAAAGCUGAA